AUUAAAAACCCGACACAGAGAUUGCUUCCCCAUUAAGAAAAAAAAAAACUAUAUAUAAUCUCUCUCUCCGAAUCGGUUCAUCUUUCUUGAUUUUACCCGUUCAGACAAGGACAGGAGGAGAGGAUGUGGGAAUCGAUCUGUUUAACGUUGGCGGCCACCGCCGGUAAUAACAUCGGGAAGGUGCUUCAGAAGAAGGGGACUAUCAUUCUUCCUCCUCUCUCUUUCAAACUCAAGGUUAUAAGAGCAUAUGCUUUUAACAAAGCAUGGGUGAUUGGUUUUCUGAUGGAUAUAUGUGGAGCCUUGUUGAUGCUGAGGGCGUUAUCUCAAGCUCCUGUAUCAGUAAUUCAACCAGUUUCUGGUUGCGGGCUCGCCAUUCUUUGCGUCUUUUCCCACUUUUAUUUAAAGGAGGUUAUGAAUGCUAUUGAUUGGACGGGGAUUACUUUAGCUGGUAUUGGCACCUUAGGAGUUGGUGCCGGAGGUGAGGAGCAAGAAGCUUCUUUGAUAUCUCUUUUUCAGUUACCAUGGCUGGCAUUCAUUGUUGCCCUCUUGUUUGUACUUCUUAAUGGAUGGCUUCGUUUCUGUAGAAGUCAGCGAAGAGAACAGGAGUUGAUGGAAUAUGAAGUUGUUGAAGAAAUUAUAUAUGGCUUGGAAUCUGGGAUUCUAUUCGGGAUGGCUUCUGUGAUAUCGAAGAUGGGAUUUGUCUUUCUAGAACAGGGUUUCCCCAGGAUGCUGGUUCCUGUAUGUAUCUCAAUCAGUAUAUGCUGUAGUGGUACAGGUUUUUAUUAUCAGACUCAGGGUCUAAAGCAUGGAAGAGCCAUUGUGGUGUCCACUUGUGCAGCUGUGGCAUCAAUUGUAACUGGUGUUCUUGCUGGAAUGCUCGCUCUGGGAGAAAGAUUGCCUUCAGCGCCAUCUGCUCGGCUUUCACUUCUGCUUGGGUGGUUAUUGAUUUUGAUAGGUGUUAUUUUACUUGUGAGCUCAUCUCGGCUUGUGCGGUACCUCCCAUGGCGGUUGAGGCAUUUUAUACACGGUGGCGUAGAUAAGAAUUUCAAUGCCAGACGAUCUGGGUCCACGUUUGGAAAGGAAUCAAACCCAAGUGCCGUUAUACCCACAACCACAUUGCAUAGUUUGAUAACUUCAGCAAAGGAGAAAGCUUGAAAGGCAGCAGUAGCAAAAAGUUGGUAGCAUCAUGCACCAAGUUAGUUAAUGUACAAAUGCACAGAUUAUGGUGGCUUUUCUGAAUUGUUUAAUCGUUGAGACUGUAUGUGCUUAAUGUGCCCUAGCCAUUUUCUGGGUUGCCUGUGCGUGAUGGCUGUACGAGUUCCGGUUAAGUUGUUAGAUUUCUACCUCCUCUUUUCCAUAUAGUUUCCACCAAAUAGGUUCAUGAUCCAAGUUAGGCAAUCUAUUACCUACAUAAUUGAUGAAUGUAUUAUGACAGUUCACUACACCAGUGUAUUGCCAGACUUCAAAUUUAUGUCCAUGGACGUUAAUGGCAGGACUUGGAUUGACAUUAGCAUUCAGAUUAAGGGAUAUGAGUUAUCAUA